AUGAAUGAUCGUGAUGAAAAUGAUAUUUUUCAUGGUUUUAUACCUCUAUGGGCAUUAGUUUUAUUUAGUAUUGCGAUUAUAUUUCUUAUUAUAUUUAUUGCUGGUUUAAUAUGUCAUUUGGUUGGUUGUCGAAGACUAAAACAAGACCAAACGAAUAAUAUUCAUUCAUUGAUUUUGAAACAACCAUUACUUAUAGAGAAUCAUCAACGAGAAGCAACUUCAAUCAAAUCGAAUAAAUUAACAAGAAAAUCUAAAGAUGUACUAUUCUAA